AGUCGGGGCCGGCCCAGCGGCUGGGCUCGGCCGGGCCACACAAGGCCCCCCAGAACCUAGCUGGCUCGUCCUCACACCCCAGGGCAGUGCCCCUUUUCUGACUGACCUCGCAUCGCGAGCAAACGCCAGCUUCGUGACGUCACAACCCUGCCCAUCCCCUCAGCUUGAUGACACCUGGAGCUCCAGCUCCCCGCUUCACUUCGCGCGCCCUUAGUGUCCCAUUCACGUAGCCCACGGCUGAGCGCCGGCGGCACUGCACGGAACCUGCCAAGCUAGAAGACUUGCUGCGGGAAAACUCCUAGGACUUCUUUCGCAAACUCUAGGGUUCUGGGAAGCGUCACAAUCACUGCCUUCAAGUCUAAUCUGCCAUCCCAAUGCACUGUCAGACGCUGCUCUUUUAAGAACCCAGCAGUGAUGUGGAGGUGGAGACCCACAGGAGCCCCGGACUUCACCUGAGCUACCUCAGUGGUCACCAAGAGUGGCAAGAUAAAGAAAACCCUGAGUUGGGCGGGACCAGGAUGCCUGACCGGGACAGCUAUGCCAACGGUACCGGGAGCAGCAGUGGAGGCCCUGGAGGUGGUGGCAGCGAGGAGGCCAGUGGGGCAGGGGCAGGCAGUGGCGGGGCCAGCUCAGAUGCCAUCUGUAGAGACUUCUUGAGGAAUGUGUGCAAGCGAGGCAAGCGUUGCCGAUAUCGCCACCCAGACAUGAGCGAGGUGUCCAACUUGGGGGUGAGCAAAAACGAGUUCAUCUUCUGCCAUGACUUCCAGAACAAGGAGUGUAGCCGCCCAAAUUGCCGUUUCAUCCAUGGCUCCAAGGAAGAUGAGGAUGGCUAUAAGAAGACAGGAGAGCUUCCCCCACGGCUCAGGCAGAAAGUAGCAGCUGGCCUUGGCCUUUCACCGGCUGACCUACCAAAUGGCAAGGAGGAGGUCCCUAUCUGCCGUGACUUUCUCAAGGGUGACUGUCAGAGAGGAGCCAAGUGCAAGUUCCGUCACCUGCAACGGGAUUUUGAGUUUGAUGCUCGGGGUGGAGGAGGCACUGGUGGGGGCUCAACAGGCUCAGUCCUCCCAGGACGACGUCAUGAUCUCUAUGAUAUCUAUGACCUUCCUGACAGGGGCUUUGAGGACCAUGAGCCAGGCCCAAAACGCCGGCGAGGUGGAUGCUGCCCCCCUGAUGGCCCUCAUUUUGAGUCAUAUGAAUAUAGCUUGGCUCCAUCGCGAGGGGUGGAGUGCAGACUGCUAGAGGAGGAGAAUGCCAUGCUCAGAAAGCGGGUAGAGGAGUUAAAGAAGCAGGUCAGUAACCUACUGGCCACCAAUGAGGUAUUACUGGAACAAAAUGCUCAGUUCCGCAAUCAGGCCAAGGUCAUAACCCUGAGCUCCACUGCACCAGCAACUGAGCAGACUCUGGCCCCCACUGUGGGCACUGUCGCCACUUUUAACCAUGGCAUUGCCCAGACUCACACUACUCUCAGCAGCCAGGCUCUACAGCCUCGUCCAGUGUCCCAGCAAGAACUGGUGGCCCCUGCUGGAGCUCCAGCUGCUCCCCCAACUAAUGCUGCACCUCCUGCUGCUCCACCACCCCCACCCCCACAUUUGACCCCAGAGAUCACACCACUGUCAGCUGCCCUGGCUCAAACAAUUGCCCAGGGAAUGGCACCCCCACCUGUCUCCAUGGCUCCUGUAGCUGUAUCUGUGGCUCCUGUGGCCCCUGUGGCUGUAUCGAUGGCCCAACCCUUGGCAGGAAUCACAAUGAGCCACACCACCACUCCCAUGGUGACUUACCCUAUCGCUUCCCAGAGCAUGCGCAUCACGGCCAUGCCACACUGAUGGGGCUAAUGGACACUCCCCUGGUAUAGCCUCCCAGGGCUGGGGUCAGGGGGCCCUUGCCCACUCACCUAGCCUUCCCCAGCCCUGUCUGAAGGGCUCCCUUGAGAACUAGGACAAGAGACUACAAAGAGUAUGUCUGGAGGAGGCGUUGGGAUGGUGUGUUUUCUCUCACCUCCCUUUUAUGAGGGUCCUCUUGUCCAUCUUCAAGCCUCACAGUGGGGGCUUGCAGAGGAGUACAGACUGAAGCCAGCAGAGAGGAAGGACUGACUGAGGGGCUGUGUCCUCUUACAGGAAUUUGGGAACAUCCCUCGUCUUGUCCUCUCUUCUGCACAGCACAGGUUCCAGCACUGGUUUUGAAAGAAAAAAAUACCCUGCCCAGAGGGAAAGCCAGGAAAGAUUGGGAAGUGGUUGGUCAGGAGAGAAGGCCUGAUAGGAGCCUUCAGACAAUUUGGGUCCUAGCUGGUUGGGUUGGACAAUACAGGAAUUGCUUCUGGGCCCUGGGAAAGCUGGGACCAUAGUGCUCCAGCCCAAAGACUAGCGGAGCAUUCAUUACCCUAGUUUGACCUGAAAAUCCACAGGGCAGGGCCCACUACCCAAAGAAAUAAAAGAACAAUUAUUUUUAACAAAUGGAGGCAGUGAAAACUUGCUUAGAUAUUCUGUGUGGAAGAUGGGAGCAGUAAAUAGAUCUCAUGCCAAAAUGGGAUAAAGACCCCAGCCUCACAUAGCUUUGGUAAGAUGGAUAGAAGCCAGUGAAGAAGGGUAGGGACCCAGAACAAGACCAAAUGGGGCUUUGGGGAAGGCACUUUAUGGGGUAAAAGCUUUGGAGCCACCUAGUCUAGUUUAAAAAUAGCCCCAUCUGUUUUUGGUCUCUGUCUGUAUGUGCUAUUCCCAGGUUGCCUUAGUAACCAGGGCUCCUAGGGUCAUUUAGCAGGGCAGGCAGUAAGGAGAGUGUAUUUGCUGAGAAAUGGGGAUGGGAUGUUACAUAGUUGACAGAUCCUUAUUCAAACAGCAGGACAGGUGGAGUUGAUGGCAAUUGCCGCUCAGUUGAUGGCAGUUAAUGUCCCUCCUACCCCACUCCUUCAGUGGCCAGUUCCUUAAGCCUUCAAGGCUUGGGAGGUCUGCGAAAAGAGAGUCCUUCUAGGGACACAAGCCUCAGGGUCCAUUCCUUUCCUCUGUCUCCACAUAGGACCAGAAGUUUUAAAUCUACUUAAGUCAGUAAGGCCAGGGGCCCCAAUAAUCAAACCUCACUUCCUCCUCAGCUCACGGCUGAUGCAGGGAAAACAACUCAGGUGUCUAGUCUAAUGGGACAGUAGAUUUGGGGGUAGAGAGUGAUCCUGGAUUGUGUUCCCCCUCAUCAUAUCUCCUGCUACCUCUUGCUCUCUCAUCUGGUUGAUCACUCAGGUCACAUCUGGGAUUGGAGAUGGUGGGCUAGGUCAAGGCCAGUCAUUAAAAAAAAAGCCUGAAGACUAAAA